AGUAUAUUUUUUAGCUCAAUGUCGAACUUCCGGAGAUGGUCAAGGGUGUUUUCUCCGACCAGAUCGAGUCGCAGAUCCAAUGCACAACCAAGUUUAGAAAGCUGCUUUCCAAGGAGCGCAACCCUCCCAUCGAGCGUGUCAUCGAGACUGGUGUUGUGAGCCGUUUCGUUGAAUUCCUCCGAUCCCCCCACACUCUUGUUCAGUUUGAGGCUGCCUGGGCUUUGACCAACAUUGCCUCUGGAUCUGCCCAGCAGACACAGGUUGUUAUUGAGGCCGGCGCUGUUCCUAUCUUCGUCGAGCUCCUCAGCAGCCCUGAACCCGAUGUCCGAGAGCAGGCCGUCUGGGCUCUUGGUAACAUUGCUGGUGACAGCCCUCAGUGCCGUGACUUUGUGCUCGGUGCCGGUGCCCUCCGCCCUCUGUUGAACUUGAUCAACGAUGGCCGCAAGCUUAGCAUGCUCCGCAACGCUACAUGGACUCUGAGCAACUUCUGCCGUGGCAAGACACCGCAGCCCGAUUGGAACACGAUCGCACCUGCCCUCCCCGUUCUUGCCAAGCUCAUCUACAUGCUUGAUGAUGAGGUCUUGAUUGAUGCAUGCUGGGCCAUCUCCUACCUGUCUGAUGGUCAGAAUGAUAAGAUCCAAGCUGUCAUUGAGGCUGGCAUUCCCCGUCGCCUCGUAGAGCUCCUCAUGCACGCUUCUACCUCCGUUCAGACUCCUGCUCUCCGCUCGGUUGGAAACAUUGUGACUGGUGAUGAUGUCCAGACCCAGGUGAUCAUCAACUGCGGUUCUCUUCCUGCUCUCCUUUCUCUUUUGAGCUCCACAAAGGAUGGUAUCCGAAAGGAAGCUUGCUGGACUAUCUCCAACGUCACUGCUGGCAACUCGACUCAGAUCCAAGCUGUCGUUGAUGCUGGCAUCAUCCCCCCAUUGAUCAACUUGCUUGCCAAUGGUGACUUCAAGACCCGCAAGGAAGCUUGCUGGGCUAUCUCCAACGCUACCUCUGGUGGUCUUCAGAAGCCCGACCAGAUCCGGUACCUUGUUUCUCAAGGGUGCAUUAAGCCUCUGUGUGACCUUCUCGCUUGCCCUGACAACAAGAUCAUCCAAGUUGCUUUGGACGGCCUCGAAAACAUUCUCAAGGUUGGUGAGAUGGACAAGGAGACCACCCAGGCUGGCGAGGCCCGCGUCAACCGCUACGCCCUGUUCAUCGAGGAGGCUGGUGGUAUGGAGAAGAUCCACGACUGCCAGAACAACGCCAACGAAGAAAUUUACAUGAAGGCUUACAACAUCAUCGAGAAGUACUUCUCCGAUGAAGAAGAGGCUGGUGGUGACAUCGAUGAGCUUGCUCCUCAGCAAACACAAACCGGCUUUGCUCUUGGCACUAACCAACAGCAGCCCGGCGGAUUCAACUUUGCCAACGGUGGUGGUGACUCCAUGGAUAUGUAAACUGGGAUCUCAACUGCAAUUAAUUUUUCGAUCCGAUUGUGAUCUUACCAUACCUCUCCAAUUAUUCGUUCUUCUUAUUCGCUUA